CAGUUAGGACAUGUGUCAUGAAUCCGUCGUGUAUCUUGACCUCAUCUGAACUCGGGCGUUUACUGGCCACAUUGUCUUUCGCUCAGUGAAUGGUAUUCCGCCCACAUGACCGCAGUUUUGAAGCUUACCACCGUUCCCACCAUCACAUGGUCGAUGCCAUGGUCCAUCGCUGUCUGUGUAUUACCUUCAGCAAUGUCUUGGAUUGGUGGAGCUUAGCAACUCCUAUUCACAAGACAUCCCUGAGAUCUUGCGCGGCGCGUCCGAGCUAUAACGUGCCAAGCUGGGCCACGUUUCUAACCAUGACACGAUUAACGGCACAUUGCUGUAGCUGUCUGCACAGCACAAGUCUUGCACAGUACUUUAGGGCUGGAGCUUGGCACUCCCGCAUCCCAGGAGUAUCUUGGAAGGUGAGCUACCCGUUUCAGCUGUAACGAGCGAAGCUUGGGGGAUUGCAGUUGAGAGAGGUGGAGUACACGGUUCGCUAUUGGGGUAUCAGAUCGCUCCAUGAAUACAAUAUACAUUAAUCCCUUCUCCGUCCUUGCGUCCUCGCAUGUUGACCACCCAUCCUCAAGGGCCGGUG